ACAUCUCUUCCUUCCACUUGUAACAAACAUCUUAGUCUUCUCUUCUUAAUUUCCUCACUCACAAGGAUCACCAAUGACAAAGCUAUUCAAUUUCCUCCCUUUCCUCUUCCUCAACAUCUUCAUCCAAACAAUUUCAGCCCAAGUAGCACCGGCACCAGCGGGACCCACCAACAUCACCCAAGUGCUUGAGAAAGCAGGACAAUUCACAACCUUCAUCAAACUCCUCAAAGCCUCACAAAUAGCUGAUAGAAUCAAUUCACAGCUAAACAACUCAAACCAAGGCCUAACCGUGUUUGCACCCACUGAUAAUGCAUUCUCAAGCCUCAAAGCAGGAACAUUAAACUCCAUAAACUCACAAGACCAAAUGCAGCUGAUACAAUUCCACACUCUCCCCACUCUCUACACCAUCUCACAGUUCCAAACAGCAAGUAACCCCUUGCACACGCAAGCUGGAAACAGUGAUGACGGAGAGUACCCUCUAAAUGUGACCACCUCAGGGAACCAAGUGAAUGUAACAACUGGGGUGGUUGAUACAACAGUGUCCAAUACUAUUUACAGUGAUAACCAGCUUGCAGUGUAUCAGGUAGAUAAGGUGCUUCUUCCAAUGAAGCUUUUCGGCGCGAUGGCACCAGCUGCUUCACCGGCGGAGGCUCCGGCACCGACCAAGCCGGAGAAAAAUGUCCGGGCAGGGGCUGCUGAUUCUCCUUCGGGGUCGGACACGUCCGCUGAUGCUUCGAGUGCAGUGAGUUUGAAAAGGCACAUGGUUGAAGGUGUUACCUUUGUUGUUGCUGUUGUUGCCAUGGUUGUUUCUUGUUUCUGAAUGUAAGUCCUAGGAUGACUCAUUUUUCUUGUUUUUUUCUUUUUAUGUUUUUUUUUUCGUGUUGGGUUGAUUGAUGAUGGUGGUGGAAAUCUCGUGUGCUUAUUGCUACGAAGUUAAGAAAAUUUUGGGUUCCAUAUAAAUGAUUUUUUUUUUCUUCUUUCCUUUCAUAAUUUAGAGUUGGAGCUAUUUGUUUAUUAUUGUUGAAAGUAUGCUUGUUCUAUCGCUCAAUGCUCGUCUUUGCACUUGCAAGACAAAAUCAAGCUUUGUAACUUUUAUCAGAGAGUAAGAUGGUGAAAAUUUUGCCUAA